AUGAUUAAUGAAAUUGAACAAUGCUUUUCAUCUUAAGAAGCUUAUGCAAAAAUAAAAAAGUAUAAAGACACUUUUCGUGAAUAACAAAGGUUUUGUUUAUUUUUAUUUUAGUUAAAUGUCUCCAAUUAUUUGUGAGGCAAUUUGUGCAACAAUGACUGAAGGCACUCCAAUGAGUAAAUUAUUAGCCUUGAGAGUAAAAUAUUAUCAUCUAAUUCUAGCUAUGUAAGGAAUUGAUGGACUUAAAAUCAGAUUCAUUUACCAAACAAGUCAAUGAUAAAAUUCUUUCGAAAAUGAAAUAAAUUGCAAUCUUUAGGAAAAAUGAUCAAAGUGAUAUCAGAGGUAAGUUUUUAUUCUCUGACAAUCCAUGUAUCUAUUUAUUAAUAAGCAAGCCAAGGAAAUAGCAUCUAUUGGAAAUAGUUUAAUGAAAUUAUGUCUAGAUUGCAUUAAAGUUUGGGCUUUUUGGUAUCCUUAGAGCAAUUUUAAAGUUGUUUAUGAUGAUUUAAUUGUAUAAGGUGUCACAUUUCCAGCAAAAUACACUUACUUUAAAGAAUAUAAUGAUAAUCCAUCAUCUUUAAAUUAAUCACUAAUUCUAUCAUCUCACUCAUCUAAGGAGUAACCUUUAAAACAAUCUAUUCCUAAUUAAAAAACACAAAUAGAUGGAUAAUAAUUAUUAUAACAAAUUAACUUUGAAAUUGAAAAUCUAGUUAAUAUAGUAUAAGAUUAAGAAUCAAAUGAAACAGUUAAUAAUUUAAAUCUAAUAAUAAAACAUAAUCUAGAUCAAUGUAAUGGAUAAAUAGAGUAGGUUUUAAUACAUAUUAUUGACUCUGGUGAGGAACAUUUAAUUAAUGAUUUAAUAUCCAAAUAAGAAAUUGUUAACCAAAUUAAACAAGAUUAUGAAGAUUAUCUUAUAAAAAAACUUGAUUGGAGUAAACUUGGUUAGAAAUUUAAUAGAUUUUCUUCAUUAGCUUAAACUCCUGAACCUAAUUAAAUAAAUAUAUCUUCAUAUUAAAAAUAGCAACCAAAUCAAUAAUAAGCAUAAUCUAUUCAAUAACAUGUUAAAUCGAAAGCUGAUCAAGCUCUGUCUAUUAUCCGAGAAGAAACUAUUUAAGAUGCUGAUCAAAUAGAAAAAUCUAAACAAAAAGAGUCAGAUAUUCUUUAGGAGGACAAUAAAGUAAUAUUAAUUCAGAAUAUUAGAUUUCAAUGAAAUAUUAGUCUCUAGUGUUAAAUUAGAAUGAAAAUAUUAAACCAGGUGCUUAAACAUUUCAAUCAGAAUUAUAUAAAAAAGAUAAAUUACAAUAAGAAAAUAAAAAACAGAUCUAUAAAUCUUUAUCUGUUGAAGUUAAUGAUGAUAUUAAUUAGAAUGAAAUUUAAACUAAAAUUACUAAAUAAACUGAUUAUACAAGCACUAAAUAAUCAAAAUAAACAAUUUAGAACCUUAAUAAAAAUAUAGAAUAAUAGUCUCCAAAAGUUAUAGCUAAUUAAGAAUUAAGUAAUAUCUAAGCAAACCAAUAAAAUUUAAAUUCAACAAUACUCUAUAAAACUAUUAAUAAUUAGAUAUAAACUAAUCAAAAAGAUUAAUAAUAAAAUUAAGAAGAUAAGGAACUAAAAAAUAAAAAAAAUAGUGAUAAUGAUUUAGAAGAACAAAAAUCAUUAAUAAAGAACAACGAAAAGGAAAUUAAAAUUUAGUAAUAGUAAUAAUAGUAAUAAUAAUAGUAAUAAUAAUAACAAUAACAAUAAUAAUAAUAAUAAUAAUAAUAAUAAUAAUAAUAAUAAUAAUAAUAAUAAUAAUAAUAAUAAUAAUAAUAAUAAUAAUAAUAAUAAUAAUAAUAAUAAUAAUAAUAAUAAUAAUAAUAAUAAUAAUAAUAAUAAUAAUAAUAAUAAUAAUAAUAAUAAUAAUAAUAAUAAUAAUAAUAAUAAUAAUAAUAAUAAUAAUAAUAAUAAUAAUAAUAAUAAUAAUAAUAAUAAUAAUAAUAAUAAUAAUAAUAAUAAUAAUAAUAAUAAUAAUAAUAAUAAUAAUAAUAAUAAUAAUAAUAAUAAUAAUAAUAAUAAUAAUAAUAAUAAUAAUAAUAAUAAUAAUAAUAAUAAUAAUAAUAAUAAUAAUAAUAAUAAUAAUAAUAAUAAUAAUAAUAAUAAUAAUAAUAAUAAUAAUAAUAAUAAUAAUAAUAAUAAUAAUAAUAAUAAUAAUAAUAAUAAUAAUAAUAAUAAUAAUAAUAAUAAUAAUAAUAAUAAUAAUAAUAAUAAUAAUAAUAAUAAUAAUAAUAAUAAUAAUAAUAAUAAUAAUAAUAAUAAUAAUAAUAAUAAUAAUAAUAAUAAUAAUAAUAAUAAUAAUAAUAAUAAUAAUAAUAAUAAUAAUAAUAAUAAUAAUAAUAAUAAUAAUAAUAAUAAUAAUAACAACAGUAAUAAUAAUUAUUAUUAUCAUAAUAGUAAUAGUAAUCAGAAGAUUAUUAAAAUUCAAAAAAAAAUAAUUAUGAUGAAAAAGUUAAUUAAUUAAAAUCUGGAUUAAAAAUUGAAGGAUUUGAUUAAAUUUAUAGUUUUUCUUAAAGAUAAUAAAACCUCAAUGAAAAAAAAAAUGGAAAUUUAAACUAAAUAGAUGCUUAAGUUAAAUUAGAAGGCUAAAUUAAUUAAAUUUAAGAAACUUAUAUUAAGUAAAAGCAAAUAUAAAAUUUUAAGUAAGACUAAGCAAAUAAUAGUUCAAGAAUUUCUUAACCAUCCUUAAGUUUAAGUUAAGUAUCCUAAAGAAAGUUAGAAUAAUCUUAACAAUAACAUAGAAGCUCUUCAUAAAAGCGAGAAAAUUAUCAUGUAAAUGACAAAAUAGAAAUAGAACUUUUAAAGGAAGAAAAUCAAAGAUUAAAAUAAUAAGUUACUUAGAUUAUAGAAAAAUAUGAAAUCAAAUAAUAAUAAUAUUCUUAAGAAUUAUAAGAUAAAAUUAAUGAGAUUUCUAAUUUAAAAUAGAUUUUAUAUGAGAAGAAUGAUAAAGUUGAUAGUAACAAUUAAUUGCUAAAAUAAUUCUAAGAAUAUUAAAAACUCUAAUUAGAUUACUAAACUCUUGACUACAAACAUAAUUAAUUAUAAAAACAAUAUGAUAAUCUAUAUUAAUAGCAUGAACAGAUUUUGAAUGAAAUGUAAUUAAAAUCAAAAUAGAUUGCCUUAUAAAGUAAAGAAAUCUAUGAAUUAAAAUAAAAUAAGUAAUAAGAAUUUGAAAUUAAAAAGAGAAGUGAAUCAGUAGGUUAAUAUUCAAAAACAGCUUAACAAUUCCAUCCAUAUAAUUCGAACUUAAAAUAAAGUUUCUAUGAUGAACCUAUUUUGACAGAAAGUUAAAAAAGAAUUAUUUUUCCAUUCACAAAUCCAUUUGAAUAUUAUAGGGAUCGUUUAAAAAAUAAUUAAAAAGGCAUGAUUUCUGCUUCUUAUUCUGAAUGGUAAAACUUAAAUUUAGAUAAUUAAAAUAUUGGAUAUUUAAAAUAAUCAAUCUUAUCCAAUUAAUCCUUACUAUUUACAUGUAAAUAAUUGGAAAUUGGAUGUAAAUUAGAUAAAUUUAAUGAAAGAAAAAUGAUAUUACAUCUAUUUUUUUUGAAUUCCAAUAAAUUAUCAGGUUUUAAAAUGGAUUUAAAUUUUUAAUUUGUUAAUGAAAUAUCAACUGGAAUUUAAAAAAGAUAGUCGAUUUAAUUAUAUUAAGAUUCUUCUGAAGAUCAAGUAAUUGAAUUUAAUAUUAAUUAAUUUCCUUUUGGAAUUUCUUUUGUAAACAUAAAAAUUUAAACAACAAAAACAAUUAAUUACAAAUGUUAUUUACCAAUUUCAUUGUUUAGUUGCUUUAAAUUUAUAAGUUUAUCUUUAAAAGAAUAUUAGAUAUAUUGGCAAUCAGUAAAAAAUUAUGUAAUAAGAAGUCAAGAAUUUGAAUACAAUUUUUGUUGGGUAAGCAAUGUGUUCAGUAAGAAUAUUUUGGUUUUAGAAUUGAAUAGUCAUAAAAAAAAGGAGUUUCUAGCAGGGAUUGAUGAAAUUAAAUAUGGAUCAAUAAUAUAAUGUGAUAAUUCAAAUUAUUUAGUAAGAUAUAUAUUAUAGCCAAAUAAUAAAAUGUUAAUUUAGAUAUGCCAGUUGAAUGGAAAAUAGAAUAUAUCAGAAUACAUCUUAAACAUUUUAGUUUUUAUACUUUCUGUUUGA